UCUUAUUAAAGAGAAAGCAAAAACAAAACACAAACGAAGAUAAGGAAAUUUUUGAAGAGAGAGAAAAGACUUUCCUGGAAAGUUUAGUGUUCCCACAAGAAAGUCUGAAUAUUUCAAUCAGAGUUAAGGCAGCUCUCGAGCUAUCUUCAAAGCUUUUUGAAUGCUGUCUGAGAGUUAGGGUUUAAAGCUUAUCUGUGAUUGUCGUGGAGAUGGGAGAGUUUGAGGUAGAUAGAGAAGAGAAGUUGAUUACUGCCGCAAACUAUCUCGUUCAUGAACUUAGAUCUGGCAAGAGCCUCACUAGAAACGCUAAGAAGGCUUUAGAGAGUCUCUUAUCAGAGCUGUCUCGUGUGGUGGUGGUAAACUCUGAGGAUGAUAGAUACGAGGAAGAUGAGAUUAAGACACGACUCAACGCUGUCUGCGAGAAGAUCAUGACUCGCGAGGUGGACGAAACCAUGAUCUGGGACUUAGGCUCAGAAGCAGGGAACGAGUUUCUAGACGCUGUGAACGAGCUGAGAGUGUUGAUAGACGGAGGAACAACAGAGGAGGUCUCUCUGAGAAAAGCUCACGACGUUCUCCAAACGGCAAUGGCGAGGCUUGAAGACGAGUUCAAGCAUCUUCUCUCGGAGAACAAGUUACCAUUCGAGCUCGAACACGCUUCCUUUAGGUCCGAUCUUGUCCUGGAAGAAGGCUCUUUCGGCGCUGCGUCCACUGAGGAUCUGAUCAUAGGAAGCAGUAGAAGAAACUCAGAGGAGAUUGUAAUCGAUUUGGUUCGACCUGAGGUUAUAUCAGAUCUCAAGAACAUUGCCACCACCAUGAUUGCUUCGGGGUACGACCGGGAGUGUCUCCAGGUGUGUACAACGGUUAGAAAAGAGGCUCUUGACGAGUUUCUCUACCACCACGAGGUCGAGAAGCUGAGCAUUGAAGAUGUUCUGAAGAUGGAUUGGGCUACGUUGAAUACAAACAUCAAGAAAUGGGUUCGCGUGAUGAGAAGCAUCGUGCAGAUGUACUUAGUUAGCGAGAAGUCUCUGAACGAUCAGAUCUUCGGGGAGGAGGAGGAGGAGUCUGUGACGUGUUUUGUCGAUACGGUGAAGGCUCCUGUGAUGCAGCUGCUUAACUUCGGUGAAGCUGUCUCUCUCGGUCCGCGGCAGCCCGAGAAACUCCUCAGGAUCCUCGAAAUGUACGAGCUGGCGUCCGAGCUAUUACCAGAGAUUGAUGUACUCUUCUCUGAUAAUCAGCUCGGCUCCUCCUUGAGAGGGGAGUACAGAGAAGUGAUGAGGAGGCUCGGGGAAUGCGCGAGAGCGACGUUUCUCGAGUUCAAAAGCGCUAUUGCCUCUGAUGUUUCCUCUCAUCCUUUCCCUGGAGGAGCGGUCCACCCGCUUACUAACUACGUCAUGAACUACCUCAUGGCGUUGACGGACUUCAGCCAGACUCUUGACUCGCUUCUCAUGGAGCAUGAUGAUGUGGAAUAUCUCUCAAUACCUCCGUCGCCGGAUGUUAUCAAUCCGGCGAUGGUGGUUGAAGAAGAGUCUGCUUACGAGAACUCUUCUUCGCCGGAGAAGUUUUUAGCGAUGACUAAGCAUUUCUACUCUAUUACAUCGGUUCUUGAAGCUAACCUUGAAGAGAAAGCGAAGCUGUACAGAGACGUCUCUCUGAGGCACAUCUUUCUACUCAACAACAUACAUUACAUGACAAGGAAAGUGCUUAAGUCCGAGCUGAAGCAUAUCUUUGGCGACAAGUGGAACAGAAAACAUACGUGGAAGUUUCAGCAGCAAGCGACGGAGUACGAACGCUCCACCUGGCUCCCUGUCCUGUCUUUCCUCAAGGAUGAUGGAGGUUCAGGUUCUGGAUCAGGUUCAGGUUCAGGUUCAAGAAGCUUGCGGCCUAGGGAGAGGUUUCAAGGAUUCAACACUGCGUUUGAGGAAGUGUACAAGGCGCAGACCGGGUGGCUGAUCUCUGACGAGAGGCUGAGAGAAGAUGUGAGGACGAAGGCGUCCAUGUGGGUGAUUCAAGCGUACUGGACGUUUUACAGUAGACACAAGAACAGUGUGAGUGAGAGGUAUAUCAAGUACAGUACUGAUGAUCUUGAGAAGCUUUUGUUGGAUCUCUUCGCUGGUUCUUCUAAAUCCUUGAACAAUUCUUACAGAAGAUGAGUGAUUAAACUUUAUGUUAUUGGUAUACACAUGUUUGUAUUGAAUUUAUUUGACCUUGUAAUAUUUAUAUUCAUCAUUUCAUGAAUAUGUUUUAGUGAAAUAAAGGUCGACUUUUAAUA